AUGAAGUUGGUCUACUAUAGGGCUUCUUCUGUUGUUUGCCCUCGAGCUUCGCACUCCUUCAUAUCCCACGACUGUGUGGAGAGAUUGGAGUUGUCUACUCGUGACCUGGGAUGCAAGUUGGUGGUCUCGACACCAGCAUCUGGACAGGUUUCAACCAAUCUAGCCUGUGUUGAAUGCUUGAUGGAGGUAGAGGGCAGACGCUUCAAGGUGAACCUCGUUUGCCUGCCCUUGGAGGGAUUGGAGGUAAUACUGGGAAUGGACUGGUUGUCUACCAACCACGUGGUACUUGAUUGUGGACGGCGCAGAAUUGUAUUCCCAGAAAUUGAGGGGAUAGAGUUGAUGACGUUGGGAGAGGCGGUGAAGGAGAUGAAGCAAGGAUCCACUUGCUUUGUUAUAGUAGCUCAAGAGAAGAGGAUGAGCACCGAGGAGCAGAUCAGUAGAAUACCGGUGGUGGAUGAAUACGCCGACGAAUUUCCAGAUGAGAUACCUGAGUUACCACCCAGCCAGGAUAUAGAUUUCUCAAUUGAUGUAAUCCCUGGAGCGGGUCCAGUGUCGGCAGCACCGUACAGAAUGGCACCAACUGAACUAGCAGAGUUGAAGAAAUAG